AGCUUUGCCUAGCAAUGCACAGCUUUGCAUAACCAAUACAGGCAGGCAUUUAAAGGCGUCGUCGCCUCCACGAACCUUGUAGUUAACCCGGUGAGGACUCACCCUUUGCGAUGAACCCUCUGAUGCAGGCUCCUCUCCUCAUCUCCCUAGGCUUGCUUCUCGCCGGCCCAGCGGCUGCUGCACGCGUCUUCUCGAACCGGCUCUCCCAGCUCAGUAGCUUUUCCUGGGAUAACUGCGAUGAGGGGAAGGACCCUGUGGUGAUCAACAGCCUGACUGUGGAACCUGACCCCAUUGUCAUUCCUGGGAACAUGACCGUCAGUGCUGAGGUCAGGACCACUGCGUACCUCAAAGAUCCUCUGAAGGUGGUACUAACUCUGGAGAAGGAAGUGGCUGGCUUUUGGGUCAAAGUCCCAUGUGUGGAGCAACUUGGCAGCUGCACCUACGAGAACUUCUGUAAUGUGCUUGAAGUGUUAACUCCCGAUGAGAAUCCCUGCCCAGAACCCCUGCACACCUAUGGGCUUCCCUGUCACUGUCCCUUCAAACGAGGUACCUACUCACUUCCCAAGUCUGACUUCUUCCUGCCUGACCUGGAGCUGCCCAGCUGGCUCAGCAGUGGGAACUACCGCUCGAAGAUCACCCUAAGCAUCAACGGGGAGCAUCUGGGCUGUGUCAAAAUCUCCGCCUCCCUAAAGAGCAAAUAAGGUGGCACCUGCCACAGCAGAAUGAAGGGGAUGUAGGAAGGCAUCCUCUUCUUCUGUCUUACGUUGGCCAAGGCCAGAUUCUACUCUCUGUCCUUUCUCAAGCCCCUUUCUACAAUGAUGACACUCCCCCGCUGAAAGUCAUUUUAUGCCACCUACAAAAUUUUUAGGUGUGGGCCAGCAGCCCUAACCUAAAGGAGAAUGAGCCUCGUGGUUUUUUUGUUUGUUUUUUUGCUUUUUUGUUU